AUGCGAGAUUACCGCCAGGAAACAGCAAUUUCAGCUUUCUACGGCGACGUGUUCCUCCGCUUGUAUGUUUUUGCAGAAGUUUACGACGUGCCGCUGUUGAGGCAGGACAUUAUGACCUUGAUGGUUGACCUUGAAAGACCCACGGGUAUUCUGUGUCAGAAGAUCGACAGAGACGCCUUGGACAAAUCUCUGCUCUCGAAUUCGCCAUUCCGAAUCUUCUUGCUAAAGUGGAUGGCCUUCGUCUUCGUCGGUUAUCCGUUGAACACCACGACUGCAGCAGACAUCAGAAAAUGCUUCUCUCAUGAUUGGCUUGCCGAAGUGAUGUGGAUUAUAGCCUCCCAACCAAAAGAUCCACAUCUACGUGAGCGUUUGUAUGACGAUGUAAAGGAUAGUUGCGCAUUUCACGAGCACCAGAACGAUUGGGAGAAGAUUCUGUGUCGACGACAUCAAGCCUUUGACACCCAGUUCUACACCAACUUUCUGCGCAAUAUAUUCAAUCUCGUAUCCGAUCUCGAUAAAGAAUACGGAAGUCCGGAAACAAAGAAAAAGAGAGAAAAGGCGAAAGCCGAGGAACAAAUCAGGGUGAAGCUAGAAGAGGAAACACAGUCCUCGGGGUUUGAAAGCGCCGAGGAAACUUUGGGUGUAGAAGAAUACAUGGCGACAUCCGCCCCUCCAGCCCGCCGUGGCGACUUCCUCUACUCAUCCGUCCUCUACGCAGACCCUGGCAACGGAAACCACCACGGACGCGCGAGUGUCGCCGAACUCGCGGCUCUCAUCCGCCCGGAAGCCCCCAAUCUCUACAGCAAGGGUCGAAAGCCUGAAGUCGCGACACCAGCGAAAGACCAGGUGUGGCAUUUCUACUCCGCCCAACUCAUUCACUAUGGACUACCGGUCACCAAGGACAAGAACGCGGCGAAAGUGCGACUCCUGAAUGCUAUGAACCAGUUCAAACUUGAGGUACCAGCAUGGGUUUUGAAGGUCGAGAGCGAACUGAAGGCUGAAUGGGAGGCGGAGAACCGGAAGUUGAAGAAGAAUGGUGGUGCAGUGAGCAAGCAGGCGCCUAAGUCGAGCACUACUAGCAAGCCAGAUCUUGGAAGCUCUCAGGGUGUAAAUGGCGGUGUCAACGUCACUGGAGGAGCGUCGCUGAGCCAGUAUAUGGACGCGCAGCAGGCGAGCAACAACACCCCAAGGAAGCCAGCGCCAACCAAACGCAAGCGCGCUGUUAGCAACGCCCCUAGCCCGGUAGCGACACCACAGAAAGUUGCGAGAGUCAAGAAAGAGCCAGCGCCAAAGAAAACACUCGUCAAGAAGGAACCGACCGCCAGGCGAUCUGUUUCCAACAUCAAGCAAGAGAGCCGCGUCUCCGCGCCACCAUCGACACCCUCACGGUCGCGCAUCAAGCAAGAGCAGUACCAGCCCAGCCCCGACCGAAUGUACCCAUCACCCCACAUCAAGACCGACCCCUACCCGAACUACUACCAACCCUCGCCACCCCUCCUCCUCAGCGGUACCUACUCCAUCUCCUGCGAAACCGCCAGCUCCACCUUCAACGACUACAACCUCGACCUCACACUCGCCCGCGAUCCCUCCCGCGGUAUCUGGUGGGCGACAUUCCGCUGGGGCGCCUGGGACGGAAUCAUCCAGAUGAACCCCGGCCCCGGCGACUCCGAUAGUUUAGGCCAACCCUGUUCGCUUGGCUGGCGUCUUCGCGAUCUGGAGACUGGACAGCUGACGUUUGGUCGCAAGUGUACGGGUUAUAUGACGUUCUCUGGUGAUGGGUCGAUGGAAGGGUGUUUGUAUGAGGUGCCGGGUGCUGGAUCGUUGGCGUUUGAGGGUAUGAGGGAUUCCGGUGACAGCUUGGAGGACGAUCUUAAGGGGGAGUGGGAUGGCUUUGUUGCGGAGGCGUAUCAGCGUUGA